ACGACGACGACGUCAUACCCUGUGAUCCCAACCCGCUUGCGCCAGCAACCACGGACUUGAAGGGAACAAACAGCCAAGAUUCCACGUAGCACACGACGAAUAUAUAAUACUACUCCUCAUCGCACUCAAACCUGAAUAGAUCACAUUUUCUUCACUUAACAAACUCCGCAAUCCAGGAACAACACACAAACCAAAUCCAAUCAACCAACCCAACUUUUUCUACCACCCCGCUUCCCAACUACCUACACAAAUCUCAUCACAAUGGCUCAGAGUCGCACUGGAGUUUACGCCGCUGUUGCCGCCCUCGGUCUGGGUGGUUACUACCUCUACCGCGCCGGUGGUGACCCCAAGGGUGCUACGCAGGAGGUUAAGCACGAUGCCCACCUCGCCCGCUUGAACGCCCCCACGGGUAACCAGGCCGAGAAGGCCGGAGAGAAGGCCGCUUAUGAGGCUCGCUUGAACGUUGAUCAGGCGGUCGACUCCGCCCGCGCCGAGGCCAAGAACCAGGCCAGCCGCCUAGACCAGAUCCGCCAGGACACCACCGCCGAGCUGAAGUCAGGCGCCGAGAAGAUCGAGUCCAAGGUCGAGGAGAAGGCCUCCGAGGCCAAGGGUGCCUUGUCGGGAUGGUUCGGCAAGAAAUAGACUUUUCUUUGGUUGCCUCCGAGCAGACAGAUCGAUCGCUUCGAAACACAUUCGCGCGCGCGUGUGAGUUGGGUUCUGUCUGAUGCCUCCUGGAAUAUCCUUCUUUCUGUCUUGUUGUUAUCGUGUCUCUUUUCUUCCUCAUUUCACGGCGGGAGUUGAGUUGAUUCCUUUUGCGAUCUGGUUUUUGUUCUUGUGGAAAACCCCCACGUUUGUGUUUCCUGAUGGAAGAAAAAGUGAGGGGAUUGCAUAUGCUUGGCUGGGCCUUGCGUGUGUUUCAUUUCUUUUUUUUC